GUGGAUCAGUGUGUGUAACUUGCCGCGGGGAUCGAACCCUCACUCACUCGCUCCAGGUCGGGACUCCUGUUGGAAGUAUCCGGAGGGAAGCGUCCUCCUGUCGGAUCAAGUCACUGGAAAAACACCGCGGUGCCGCUCGGACACUCUGCGGGGGAAACAAGCACCGGACGCGGGGUUGAAUGCGAGCCGGAGGAGAGCAGGGGGAAAGCGGGUCAGAGGACCACUGAUCGAUACCCUCGGUUCGUGUGUGCGUGUGUAUGCGCGUGUGUGUUUUCGUUUGGAAACACACACACACACACACUCUCUCACACACACACACAGUCACAGGUUGCUAGCGGAGUUGACGCUAACCGAGCUAGCCACGUUAGCUCCCCGCGGCUAGCCGUGUCCUCCGCCGUUUUUUUUUCCCCCACCACCACCACCGGGACCAAACACCCCGCCGGAGCCGGAGUUCAAGUUAGCAGAGGCGGCCGGACCCUCCGCACGCAGGCCCGCUCCACACACCGGGGCACGAUGUGGUGUUUUUCGGGGCGUGUGUCCCGCUGGCCGGCUGCUAGCAUCGGCUGACCGAAGCCCGACGCCUGCUCCGCGGACAUGGAUUCUCCUCCCGGGUUCUGCUUCUCUCCGCGCUCGCCUGUUUUUUAAAGCUGGACUUUGCUCUCGGGCUGUUCUUAAGCCGCAGUCCUCCCCCGGGUUUAAUCUCAUUCUGUCGGACGAGUGUUUUACUAAAUCCUGCCUGGCUCUUUUUUUUUUUUUCUGUGCGUGUUUUUAUUUUUUUUUCCCGGAGGAGGAGGAGGUAAAAAAGAGGAAGAGGGGAAAAAAAAAAAAGUUUGGGAGAAGUUGAGGAUUUUUCCGAGCCUGUGGAAAAUGGAUGCGGGUAUAGAGAAGGAAUGCAGCGCCUUGGGAGGGCUCUUCCAGCUCAUCAUGACCGACAUGAAGGCCAGUUAUCCGACAUGGGAGGACUUUGUGACCAAAGGAGCCAAACUGCAGUCACAGCUCAGGACGACCAUCGUGGUAACUGGAGCCUUCCUGGAUGCUUUUCAGAAGGUGGCAGAUAUGGCAACCGGGACCCGAGGUGCCACGAAGGAGAUCGGCUCGGCCCUGACCAGGAUGUGUAUGAGACACCGCAGCAUCGAGUCCAAACUCAAACUGUUCACUACAGCUCUCUCAGAAAGUCUCAUCACUCCGCUGGAGUUGAAGAUGGAGGAGUGGAAAAAAGCGGCCAGUCAGCUGGACAAAGAUCACGCCAAAGAGUAUAAAAAAGCCCGGGCAGACAUCAAGAAGAAGUCGUCAGACACCAUCAAACUGCAGAAGAAGGUGAAAAAGGGGAAGGACCAGGCGCGGGGACAGCUGGACAGCGCACUGCAGGACGUCAACGUGCGUUACGCUGUCCUGGAGGAAACGGAGAAGCGAGCCGUGUGCAGGGCGCUGAUAGAGGAGAGGGCGCGCUACUGCAACUUUGUCACCAUGCUGAAACCUGUCCUGGACCACGAGAUCAACAUGCUGGGUGAGGUGACCCACCUUCAGGCCAUCCUGGGAGAUCUGAUGAACCUGACAGCUGAGCCCAAUAAACUUCCUCCGGCCAGCGAGCAGGUCAUUUCAGACCUGAAAGGUUCUGAUUUCAACUACAGCUACCAGACACCUCCAGCUUCUCCAAGUGGCACACUGUCCAGGAAGAGCAGCAUCAGCAGUAACUACCAGUUGGGAUCUGUGAGACACGUUCCCUCACUGGACUCUAUCAGCUCUGCUGUGGAUGGAGUACACAUCCAGCGCUGCUCCUCCCCCUAUCUGCGGAUUGGCUGCGAUGAAAGUGGGCGCUCCCUCAGCGAAGGGAACUCCCCUUCUCACCUCGGUCGUCAGGGCAGCCGUGGUCGCUAUGGUUACGCUGCUGGCCAUGGCCAUCAGCCCACGCUGAGCCGCGUUAGCCGCAGGGAUAUGACCACAGACACACUGGGAUCCAACAAUCAGAUGGCUGCUGGGGGAAGUAGAGGCCCGGAGAACGGGCUGCUGGCUCCACCACACAGCGUCUACGGAGAGAGAACACGAGCCAUGUCUGCGUCUGGGAAGUCUUGCUCGGCCCGGGAUCAGCUGGCGUUGACCCUGGGUGCGUUGAAUUCGGACGCCCCGAGAAGCAGCCGGGACUCUCUGCACUGCUCCAGCGGCUACAGCACCCAGACCACCACCCCGUCCUGCUCCGAGGACACCAUACACUCACACACUGUAAAGAGAGAUCCUCCCCUCUAUGUCGACUACGAGUGCAUCUCUCUCCACAGAGACGCCGACUCCAUCUCCUUACAUCACCUGUCCCUCGGAAACAGCCAGUCCGACUUUGACAGGUCCUCGACCAUCCCGAGGAACUCUGACCUCAGUUUACAGUACAGGAAGUUCGCUCAGUCCAAACGCCCCGCCUCCACCGUCAGCCUGUUGGCCGACCCCGAGUUGAUUGGCGGGUCUGUCCGCCAGCUGCCGUCCCACACGGCGACCAUCAGGCGCAAACCGUCGUCCAAGCCGGCGUAUCGCAGGGGAACAAUCAGCGGAGGGGUGCCCAUCCCCAUCAGCACUCCGCAGGUCCCCAUGAAAGCUGUCGGAGUAAGCGAUGGUAGCGACGAUAAUGUUUUCAAAGCGCCCCCUGCUGUAGGAGCGGGAGGCUUAGGUCACAGCAAACUCUGCACGUCCACGCAGAGCCUCAGCGCCUUACCGCCCUCUUCCUCCCCGUACUACCAGCUGGUCCCAGGCCACAUGCCCAUCCCGGUGCCUGUUCCCACUGUACCUUCCCUGCCAGCAGAGGGCAGCAACACCAGACAGCAGCAACAGAGACAGUACCAGCAGCAACUGCAUCCGCAUCCGCACAACCAACAACUCCAGAUUCAGCAGCAGCAGCAGCAAUAUUAUCAGCAGCAGCAGCAACAUCAGCUGCAUCUUCAGCAGCAGCAACUUCAGCAGCAGCAGUUCCAGCAUCCGCAGCAUCAACAUCAGAAGCAGGAGCAGCUUCAGCAGCAGAUCCAGCAUCAGCAGGCUCUGCUUCAGCAACAGGAUCAAUAUCAGAAGCAGGAGCAGCUUCAGAAGCUUCAGCAGCUUCAGCAGCAGGUCCAGCUUCAGCAGGCUCUGCUUCAGCAACAGGAUCAAUAUCAGGAGCAGGAGCCGCUUCCACAGCUUCAGCAGCAGUUCCAGCUUCAGCAGUCUCUGCUUCAGCAGCAGGAUCAAUAUCAGAAGCAGGAGCAGCUUCAGCAGAACCAGCAGAACCAGCAGCAGAAACAGAAGCUGUUCCAGCAGCUGCACCAGGCCCAGCUCCAGCCCUCAACUCCCCAGGCAGACCCCUCCUGGCCGGGCCACAGCACUCACGACCAGCCCCAGCCUCCUCCGCCCUCCAGCCAGGAUCAGAACCCGGAGCCGCUGACCCAGGACGGAGGGGGAGGAGGGCGAGACAUGCUGACCCUCAUGAGAGGAGUAAAGCUCAAAAGGACCCUCACCAACGAUCGCUCCGCCCCUCUUCUGCCUGGCCCAACCAAUCACAAAUGAGGCUGAGCGACAGACUGUUUUGCUUCCCAGGGGGUUAACGUUACGUUUAAUGGGUUCAACGCCCAAAAGAGGCACCUGAGGGUGUUAGCACAGACUUUGCAAACACACUGACUAAUCGCUGGUACUUGAUGUGUAUCGUGUUUUAUUUUCUUCCCUUUAGGACGUUUUAGAUUUCUGUUUUAAAACAUUUUGAGACGUUGAUGUCUUUUCCUGUUGCUGUAGCAACCGUCUUUCUGCUUUUUUCUGCUUUUUGUUUGCAUUUUGAUUGUGCAUAAAGUUUUUUGUUUGACCCAGUCUCGCCUAAAGAGCUGAUUGUUUUAGUUAGCGCUCACCUCCUGGUCAGGUGAUCGUUCUGUGGCUUGUUAAUUGGCCCAAAAUGAAGCUGUUAGUGUCUCAGAUCCUUUUCAGUCCUUUGUGCGUUUGAUUCGCCUUUUGCCGCCUCCUCCUCCUCCCAGUAGGAGGGUGGGGUUUAGUUAUCAGUCCAGUAGCUCCACUGUGUCACGUGGUUGAACCGCGGCGUGUGGAGCUUUUAAUUUGCUUUAAUUUGUCGUAGACUGUUUCAUUCGGUCCCGGACAUCUCAAAGAGUUGAACACAGAACCAGACUCUCCCUGAAUAAAACAUCCACUAUUGUGUCUGUAGACUGUAAAUAUAUCAGAACAAAGAAAGCUGAGGGAACACCCGGGGGGAGCUUGGGUGUUUCCGUCGUCUGAACUGAAACUUGAACUUGAUUUCUUGAUUUCCUCCCCGUUUGAGUGGCAGCAGUUUCUGUCUCCGGGACGACAAACGGUGCCACUAUUUGUGGAAAAGGAUUAAAAAUGUUACUGCGGGCAAAUGUCUGGUUUACUGUGUAAGUAAUCAUCUGGUUAACAUGUGGAAUGGUUGUAAUCGUAUGAGGAAAUGGGACGCUCCGGUUCGUUUGCAGCUUUUAGAGGCAACAAGAAAACAGUCGCUCUUAGAAUAAAGAAAAAAGUAGAGUUGCUCAUAUGACGUGUUCAGAUCUGUGAUGUUUUAAGAGCAGACAUGUUUAAAGACCUGAUCGAACACUCGGCUACCACUGAACUUUUUAGAUCUCAGUUUAAUAACUAAAGUCUGACCCACAUACAAUGCGUGAGGCUGAUGAUGAACAAUAACAGGAAGCGUUCUGUUUUUGGCGAGAUGUAUAAAUCUGGUUUCUCAGCCCGGAGAUGUUCUGAUACUUUAUUUCCCUUCCUGAUCCAGAUUCUGAUACCUGGAGUUUGCGUAUCUGUGCUGUACAAAGAAAAAAAUCCAAAUUAACAAUAAGCUUAUGAGAUCUGCCAUGUUAAAUAAACAUGUUAAAGCGUCUGACCUCAGCUUCCGUCACUGAGGUUCUGUUAAACUUAGACUUUUAACUUUACAUUAAAAACAGUAUUUAUCUGCAGAGUUGGGUUUGGCUCCAGUAGCUGGUUCUAUUUGGAUCCUGUUCCCAAACUAGUGGGUUAAAUCUGAUCUCCUCUCAGUUCACAUGCACAGUUUAAUAUUCUGGACUGUAGAUUGAGUCCGUUGCCUCUAAAAGUUGCUUGUGGAGCGUGGCCUCGGCGUUGGGACCAGUUUGAGCAGCAGAGCAGGGCCGUAGAUACCAUGAAGCCCCGGGGUCACGACAUCGGUCAGUGGAUCAACUCGGUGGUUAAAUCACAUUAGCAGGAGUUUGAGUAGAGUUGCUGAGUCAUUGUUUUCUAUCGGAUUAAUAUGAACAUAUUUUUUUAUUCCUUAAAAUCAUUUAGUGUGUAAAAUAAGAGAAAUUAAGUAGAAAUGUCUGACAACCACCAGAGAGCCAAAGGUGUCAUCUUCAAAUGUUCAAACUAUAUCUCUGAUCUUCAGUUAAUAAUCAUAAAAUCACCUAAAAGGUUUCAACAUUUUUUGCUUUAAAAUUGUCUUAAUAUAACAAUAAAUACAAUAUCAAAACGGUGGCCAAGUCAUUUUUGUCGGUUAUUCGAUUCAACCCUACUUUUCAUUUUCCAAAAACAUUGCAAGUGUGUGUUUCAAGUCUGUUUAUGAUUUUCUGAUGGUUUUUUUUUUUAUGCAAGAAAUAUCAAAAAAUGUAGUCAAUUUGUAAUAAAGUCAAAAACCUAUAAAACUAUUCAAAAGAAUUAAAUAUCUGAAGGUUUUAGCGAAAGUUGCAACAUAAGAAAAUGAAAUGGAGUAAAAUCAAAAUAUGAAAAUUUGUUUAUUUUUUCUAAAGUAGAAUAGAGUUCGAAUGACGUAAUAUUUAUUAAAACUGUUAUUUAGAUAUUUGCCUGUUUGUUGCAGCUCUGUUACAGAUUCCAAAACCAUUACACAUGAUCUGUUUCUGAUUUUCUGAUAUUUCUUGAACCAGAAAACCUAAAAUAUUUUCCUCCUGAAUUAAGUACCUGCAGGUUUAAAGUCCAUAAUGUUGGAAAAUGACAUUUAAAAGCAACAUGAGUCGGUUAUGAAAAUGAAAUGUCAGUGUUUGACCUCCGUGAUCCCGGCUCCGGCCCUGCUGGGAAGCUGCCUGCCAGAGACCCGCUGCAUGCUGGGAAAUGCAGUCCAGUCUCUGGUCCUGGUCUGACUUCAGAGAAAAGGUUUCUGUGUAUUUUGGGAUGGUUUUUUUUGCAGCUUAUUCAAGUGUUUUAUUUUGUUGUUGAGAUGAAAGUUGCCUUCUGAUCAGUCUGAGCUUCUGAUAAUCAUUUGAUUGAUUGAUUGAUUGAUUGAUUGAACCCUCAGUUGUGUAUAUAUCAAUGCUUCAUUCCUGGGAGAGCCCGAAAUCUAAAUAUAAAAUGUAUGUGAACAUAUCCUGAUUGUAUUUUUAUUGAUUUAAUGAUCUGACGACUUGAUCGAUCGUAUUUUUGUAGAAAAGCUUUAAAGGAGGAAACUGAAAGUGAACUUUCUGAGGUUUGAGGAUCUGAUGCCUGAUUGGACGAGUGACUGGAGAAACGACACCAACCAACAAGAAUGUAGAAAUGUGUUGUUCGUCAUCUUUUCACGUUCACUGUGGGAUCAAUAAUAAUAAUUACAACUGAUUCAUCA